GUUGGUAAAGACACAUUCUCAUUUCUCAUAAUUUGGAAUAUUUUAUUGUGCCUCAGAAUUAAAACCCCAAAGACCAAAACGGCGAAAAUCUUCAUCUCUUUCAAAUCCCUUCGUUGCAUAAACAAUUUGGAAUCGCACUGAUCUCAACUUCCGGUACAAACCUCGCCGGAAAACUCAGACUAGAGUUAGUCGUCGGCCGCGAUACGCUUUGAGAAACUCUGUCCAGGGUUUUAAGGAAUUAUCGUCAUGCUAGGUUCAUUACCUAUACUUCCUCUACCUGCUCCUCCCGUUGAUGGAAAUCUCGGUCCUCUCCCCGAGGCUCAACUCACUCAGGAGGAGGUGAACGAGAGGAAUGAGAAUGAGAAAUCCUCGAUCGAGGAAGCAACACCGACAACUGUUGCUACACACACUAGAACUAUUGGAAUAAUUCAUCCCCCUCCAGAUAUUAGAACCAUUGUUGAUAAAACCUCUGUGUUCGUUGCUAAAAAUGGUCUUGAAUUUGAAAAGAGGAUUAUUGCUAGUAAUGCAGGCAAUGCUAAGUUUAAUUUCCUCAAUUCAUCGGAUCCUUAUCAUGCGUAUUAUCAGCACAGGUUGGCUGAGUUUCGUGCUCAGAAUCAGUCUUCUACUCAACAACCUGGGGAUUCUGCUCUACUGGAAUCAGCUCCGCCUGCGCCAUCUGCUACUGAUAGUACUGAUGUAGCAACUACUGAGAAGCCUGAUGUUUCUGCCCAGUUUAGACCAGUAAGGAAAGUGCUUGAUCCUCCUGAGGCUGAGCAGUAUACAGUUAGGCUGCCUGAAGGAAUUACGGGGGAAGAGCUCGAUAUAAUAAAGCUUACAGCACAGUUUGUGGCUCGAAAUGGGAAAUCCUUUUUGACUGGAUUGACGAGUAGGGAAAUUAAUAAUCCCCAGUUUCAUUUCUUGAAACCAACGCACAGCAUGUUUACAUUUUUUACUUCCCUUGCGGAUGCAUAUUCAAAGGUUUUGAUGCCUCCCAAGGGUUUGACUGAGAAGUUGAAGAAGAGUGUCCCUGACAUGACUACCGUGCUUGAAAGGUGUGUGAAUAGGCUGGAAUGGGAGCGUUCUCAAGAGCAAGCUAGGCAAAAAGCUGAAGAUGAGAUAGAGCAGGAAAGAAUACAAAUGGCUAUGAUUGAUUGGCAUGAUUUUGUGGUGGUUGAAUCAAUAGAUUUUGCUGAUGAUGAGGAUGAAGAAUUGCCUCCUCCAAUGACGCUUGAAGAGGUCAUAAGGAGAAGCAAGAUGACACCCAUGGAAGAAGAUAUCGUUGAGCCAGGAAAGGAAGUAGAAAUGGAAAUGGACGAGGAAGAGGCCCAGCUUGUUGAAGAGGGAAUGAGAGCUGCUAGUUUGGAAGACAACGAUGAAGGGAAGAAGAAUGAAGUCAGGGUUACUGAAGACCCCGAACCACCGAUGAGGAUUGUGAAGAACUGGAAAAGACCAGAGGAGAGGCUUCCUUCUGAUAAAGAUUCAACUAAGUUUGUUGUUUCUCCUAUCACUGGUGAACUGAUUCCUAUUAGUGAAAUGUCAGAACACAUGCGAAUUUCUCUCAUUGAUCCCAAGUACAAAGAACAAAAAGAAAGGAUGUUUGCCAAAAUUCGAGAAACCACGCUGGCACAAGAUGAUGAAAUCUCAAAAAAUAUUGUUGGACUUGCUCGGACCCGUCCUGAUAUUUUUGGUACUACAGAGGAAGAGGUUUCCAAUGCUGUGAAGGCUGAAAUUGAGAAAAAUGAUGAACAACCUAAGCAGGUUAUAUGGGAUGGUCACAGUGGUAGUAUUGGCCGUACUGCAAACCAAGCAAUGUCACAGAAUAUUGGGAGUGAGGAUCAAAAUGAUGCUUUUAAUAAUGAAUCUAGAAACCUCCCUGGUCCUGCUGCACCUCCUCCAAGACCUGGCAUGCCUUCAGUUCGUCCUCUUCCGCCACCACCUGGACUAGCUUUGAAUCUACCUCGUGGUCCUAUGCAUACCAUGCAGUAUUCUAAUCCUAAUAGCGGUGGCCUUCCAAUGCCUCCACCAAGACCGCCAGGCAUGCACAUGAUGCAAUCUCUCAGGCCAGUGCCCCCUCAAAUGCAAAUGUCUGCUGGACAGCAUUCCAUGAUGGGCGGUCAACCACCCCAAAUGCAUCCUUCAAUUCCUAUGAAUAAUCAAGGAAUUCCCAUACCUCCACCACCUGGAUCUCAGUUCACUCCUGUUCCACGGCCUUAUGUUCCUCUCUCUCAUCCACCAUCAGGGAUGCCUAUGAUGCAUCCACCACCGCCGCCUCAAGGACUACCACCGCCGCCGCCACCUGAGGAAGCUCUUCCCCCGCUCCCAGAGGAACCAGAACCAAAGAGGCAGAAGCAUGAUGAUUCUGUUCUGAUCCCUGAGGAUAAAUUUCUGGCUCAACAUCCGGGACCUGCUCGCAUCAGUGUUUCUGUUCCUAAUGUUGAUGAAGGAAAUCUCAAGGGACAAGUUCUCGAAAUAACUGUUCAAUCUCUAUCUGAAACUGUUGGAAGCCUGAAGGAAAAAAUUGCUGGGGAGAUCCAACUCCCUGCUAACAAGCAGAAAUUGAGUGGAAAGCCAGGCUUUCUCAAGGACAAUAUGUCACUUGCACAUUACAAUAUUAGUGGAGGAGAAACACUCUCCCUAACCUUGAGAGAGCGUGGUGGUAGAAAGAGAUGAGCAUAUUGCGCGCAUUGCUGUUCAAGAAGGUUUUUGUAAUCUUUGCUUCAUUAUGAGGCAUAUUGAUUCUUAUACUAUUGAUGGACUACAUAAUGCCUACCUGCAUGGAUUUUAUGUUGAAUACUUUAUAUUUGUUGUAAUGUGAUGCUUCUUGAAGUUUUGAUUGUUAUCUUAAAGACUGAUGUUAAUUCUGGAAUACAGAUUUUUGCACCUUGGCGCUUGUUUCUUGAGGGAAAUGGCAAGUGGUGGAGUUCCAAUAUCUAAUCUGAUGAUGCCAAAUUGCUUAGAUCUCUAAUUAUUGUUUAAUUCGCAUUUUAGUUUUUUUAUUUUGAAGUUACUGAUCUGUUUAUUUAUUGAAGCUACCUUUCAGGGUGGAAUCGUUUUUGUUUUUUUGUUAAUUUUCAGCAUUCUUGCUAUAAUGACCUUGAAGUGGUGAUUUAGGAUUGUUAUUUUCCUUGUCUUUUCCUAGAGUUUAAGUUUUGUCUUGUAUUGGAUAUUUGGAUGCAAGAACACUUUUGACUGUUGAUGAGAAUGCCAUUUCUGUUGCUGAGUGUGUCUCUUUUAACGGGUGCAUCUUGUUUGGGGUUUUACUUUAGUCACGAGAGGUUGUUAUAGUUAUUGUUGUUAUUUAUCCUUAACCUAGAUUAGUGGGUGUGCUGGUUAUUGGUUUUUGAUUUUGCUGUUUUAUCAUAACAGAACUUCUACUUGGACUUGUGGGAAGGCUUUGCAGCUAGGCCUGAUGUGUCUUUGAAUGGGAUGAGGCAGGUAGAAUGGCCUAAAUUUUCUCCGAUUGUUACAAGCUCGUAAUCUUUUAAUUGAGAUCAUUUACUUCUAUUUUCGGGUUUUGUUCUGAUGGCUGUUUUUGCGCUGCCAACUUGUUGUAUAACGGAGCAGGUUUGGUAUUUUAGGGAAAGCACUAUUGACAUAUUUGUUUUUUUGGGGACAUCUCAUGAAUCUUACAGUUGUAGACCCCUUUUUAAAUCUGCUUCUGCUAUAUUGGUUUGGGCAUGUAUUUGAUAUUUAUCUUUGCUCUUGAUUCCUUAAUGGGAUUGUUGAGCUGUUGAUGUGAAUCAGAUUCGAUGGCAAUCCCAUCGAUUGAUACCUCAGAAUAUGUGAUUGCUCAGCUGGUUCUGGAGUACUUGUUCCCUGUGUGUUGAUAAUGUUAUUUGUUUUGAGUAGUCAUGUGAAGA